ACCCAUCACCCAAUACCCGUCCAGCCAAACCCGGGCGAUAGAGUCGAUAACAUACUGUCAACAACAGUCCAAUCUCAGGCGAAUCUAACUUCAAAAAGUUUCGCCGGAAAUUCAAGAAUCAAGCUCCACUUUUCUUUUUUUAAUCGCUUUGCUCCAUUAUUCAACGAAUAGAGUUAAAGUUGAGAAAUGGAUGUUACAUUGGCGACAAUAUUGUUGGGUAUUUUACUAGCUGUUCUCAUCGUAAUACCUCGACUCCGCAGUAAAUCUGAUCAGCCUGAAAAGGUUACUUCAAAUGCUCAGAAACAGGCAUUCAAAACAUAUAGCAAAGCUGAAGUUGCGCUACAUAACAAGAGGACUGACUGCUGGAUCAUUAUCAAAGAAAAGGUGUAUGAUGUUACCUCAUAUGUUGAAGAACAUCCAGGGGGUGAUGCCAUCUUAGAUCAUGCUGGCGAUGAUUCAACUGAAGGUUUCUAUGGGCCACAACAUGCUACACGCGUAUUUGAAAUGAUUGAUGACUUCUGCAUCGGAGAUCUGGAAAAAUGAUUACUUCCAUGGAUUGAUAGGAAAAUAUUUAUCCGGUUACAAUUUGCCGUGUUCCCAUCUUCCAAUGCUCAAUCUCUGCAGUGCUGACUUCCCCUAUUUCAGUUUGUACUGUGGGCCUUCUAUAUUUAAUCAGCUUUCCAUGGAUUUGAAACCCAAUUUGUCAUGUCCGUUGGUGUAUGUGCCUCGGCAUUCAUUAAUUGUUAUUUGCAAUUUUCCAUGCCCUCAUAUGCCUUAGAGGAAUCCAUGUCGGAGUUCAUUGCAAUGGAGAGUCCAAAAGGAAAUGACAAAAAUCAUUUUAACUGUCAUCAUGCACUUGGAAAGAUAAGUUUGCUA